AUGCGUGAGAUCGUUCACCUUCAGACCGGCCAGUGUGGUAACCAAAUAGGUGCCGCUUUCUGGCAGACCAUCUCCGGCGAGCACGGCCUCGACGGCUCCGGUGUUUACAAUGGCUCCUCCGAUCUCCAGCUGGAGCGCAUGAACGUCUACUUCAACGAGGCCAGCGGAAACAAGUAUGUCCCUCGUGCCGUCCUCGUCGAUCUUGAGCCCGGUACCAUGGACGCCGUCCGUGCCGGUCCCUUCGGUCAGCUGUUCCGUCCCGACAACUUCGUUUUCGGCCAGUCCGGUGCUGGUAACAACUGGGCCAAGGGUCACUACACUGAGGGUGCCGAAUUGGUUGACCAGGUUGUCGAUGUUGUCCGUCGCGAGGCUGAAGGUUGCGACUGCCUCCAGGGUUUCCAGAUCACCCACUCCCUCGGUGGUGGUACCGGUGCCGGUAUGGGUACUCUCCUGAUCUCCAAGAUCCGUGAGGAGUUCCCCGACCGUAUGAUGGCCACCUUCUCCGUUGUCCCCUCCCCCAAGGUCUCCGACACCGUUGUUGAGCCUUACAACGCCACUCUUUCCGUCCACCAGCUCGUUGAGCACUCCGAUGAGACCUUCUGUAUCGACAACGAGGCUCUGUAUGACAUCUGCAUGCGUACCCUCAAGCUCUCCAACCCCUCUUACGGUGACCUGAACCACCUGGUCUCUGCUGUCAUGUCCGGCGUGACCACCUGUCUCCGUUUCCCCGGUCAGCUCAACUCUGAUCUCCGCAAGUUGGCCGUCAACAUGGUUCCUUUCCCUCGUCUUCACUUCUUCAUGGUCGGCUUCGCUCCCCUGACCAGCCGUGGCGCCCACUCUUUCCGUGCCGUCUCCGUUCCUGAGUUGACCCAGCAGAUGUUCGAUCCCAAGAACAUGAUGGCUGCUUCUGACUUCCGCAACGGUCGUUACCUCACCUGCUCUGCCAUCUUCCGCGGAAAGGUCUCCAUGAAGGAGGUUGAGGACCAGAUGCGCAACAUCCAGAGCAAGAACCAGACCUACUUCGUUGAGUGGAUCCCCAACAACAUCCAGACCGCCCUGUGCUCCAUUCCUCCCCGUGGUCUCAAGAUGUCCUCCACCUUCAUCGGAAACUCCACCUCCAUCCAGGAGCUCUUCAAGCGUGUCGGUGACCAGUUCACUGCUAUGUUCCGUCGCAAGGCUUUCUUGCAUUGGUACACUGGUGAGGGUAUGGACGAGAUGGAGUUCACUGAGGCUGAGAGCAACAUGAACGACCUUGUCUCUGAGUACCAGCAGUACCAGGACGCCUCCAUCUCCGAGGGUGAGGAGGAGUACCUCGAGGAGGAGCCUCUUGAGCACGAGGAAUAA